AAUAUCAAAUCCUUCUCAAUCUUGUAGCUGGCUAAAUAGUUUCACUCACAAAUUUCGUCACUCAAGUAAAGAAUCACUGAGAUAUACUUCAUCCAAUCCUUUGCAUUCCAUCAAACAUUUUUUGUGUGUUUGCUAUUUGAUGUUCUGGCAUGUUGCUCUUACCAGAAUAGAAAUGGAGUUGUUGCUCGUACAAAAUUUUGUUUGUUUUGGUCUUCAUGCUAAUACUGAUGAUCGAGUGAACUCACAUUGGUGGAUAAUUGCUGGAGAUCAAAGAUCAUCGCUGCAGCAUAGUGCUAGUGACGUGGAGUUUACUAUCUUUGUUCUGUCAAACCCAUCUGUUGGAGAUAUGCUAAUUGGAGCCAUUCAGAAUUACUUCGGUUUUGUGCUUGCUGACUUGAAUUGUUCUACUGCAGCAUUGAAGAAAUCAACUAAAUGUUUGCCUGGCUUGAUCAGGAGAGAAUGGAGGCCUUAGUGUAUCAUUCUGAGCCUCUUAUUUGUGAAGAGCAUGUGAAGUCACAUGGCACAAUUGAACAUUGCAUUGAAAUUAAGGCUUCCUCAUCAUGCUUGCAGCUGAAUCUAAAUGAUCCAGAAAUUGAUGAGAACUUCAAUUCAAAUAAAUUAUUAGAAAGAGCAGUGAUGCAAUUUGGAUGUCAACAUUAUCGUCGUAGGUGCCGCAUUCAAGCCCCAUGCUGCAAUGAAGUUUUUGAUUGCCGGGACUGCCAUAAUGAGGCACAGAAUUCGAUUAAUGUUGAAAGUGUGCAUAGACAUAACCUUCCUCGGCAUGAAGUGCAAAAUGUCAUCUGUUCGCUGUGUGGCACUGAACAAAUGAUCCAGCAAGUGUGCAUCCAUUGUGGUGUAUCCAUGGGGAGAUACUUCUGUGAGACAUGCAAAUUGUUUGAUGAUGAUACCGCGAAGAAAUUAAACAAUACCACUGCAAUGGCUGUGGAAUCUGCAGGUUGCUGCUAUUCCAAUAUUUUAAAGACAAGUCAUCCUUGCAUUGAAUGGGCUCUCCUUCAUGAUUGUCCUUAUCUGUUUGAAUCAACAAAUGAUGUGAGUGUCUUGCCAUGUGGGCACACAAUUCAUGUAAAUUGUUUUGAAGGAAAUGCAACAACACUUACAGUCUGGGAGAAGCUGGACAUUGUGAUAGCAGCUACACCGAUGCCCGAGUCAUAUCAUAACUUAAUGGUCCACAUUCUGUGCAAUGACUGUGGUGUGAAUUCCGACGUCAAAUUCCACAUAGUUGCUCAGAAAUGUCUAAACUGCAAGUCCUAUAAGACUCCGCCAGAUCGAAAAACCUGCAGGCAUUCCUUCCACAACCUCUGAAUAAUUAAUUUAAUGAUUUUUGGAUUUAUCAGCCAUCCGUCCAUAGAAAAGUCAUGGAAAUCAACUUCAAGCAUUUGAAAACUGAACUCUAUUUUACUGUUCUGUAUGGCUUGUACUUAAAAAUAUUUUGAAAUGUAAAUUUUCUGCAGAAACACUGAAGUUUUCAGAUUUCUUUUUGAACCAUCUGAUUGAUGUUAUGAUACUGUUUGACAAACAUGUCAAGUGAGAAGUGAACAGGUGAACUAAAGAUCAAAUGUGACGAUGAAUUCUGCUCCAAAGCCAACCAAAAUUGAAUCAUGUUUGUCAUUUAAUUUCA